AUGAGCGACUCUGUAGGCGUACACGCGCCUACAACAACGCGUGAGCCCUCGGUGGCAAGAGUGGACGACUACACCUACACCAAGACCACAAAAGACAGUCUCUACGGUGGCGACAAGUUGGGGGAUUCAGCAGGGAGCGAGUUGCCGGAUUCCGAGACUGCAACACGGCUGUCCCGUGUGACUUCCACCACUGUCCAUGAAGAUGCAAUUGUCGGUCACCAUGCAGAAGUCAAGGAACUCGACGGCGAGGUCGUGACGUUUCCCGACGGCGGUUGGCGGGCGUGGCUCAUCGUCAUCGGCGCAAUGCACAUUCUGUUUGCGACCUUUGGCUUUGUUAACGCAUGGGGCGUGUUCCAAAACUACUACAAGGAACACAUGUUCCCCGACAAGACGACCAGCGACAUUGCAUGGAUCGGUUCACUGCAGUACCUGCUCAUUUACCUGCCGUCGGCGCCGAUGGGCCGCCUGGUGGACGAGUCCAAGUUCAAAUGGCCAUUCUGGACCGCAUCGUUACUGUACCCCGUAUCCAUCUUCCUCACCGCCCAGGUCAAGACAUACUGGCAGGCCAUCUUGGCGCACGGUAUCCUCUUUGGCACUGCCGCCGGCAUCUUGUUCUGCCCGGCCAUUGCCAUCGUGACACACUGGUUCUACUACCGCCGCGCGCUCGCCCUUGGCGUGGUGGCCAUCGCCAGCUCCCUUGGUGGAACCAUCUUCCCUAUCCUAGUGUCAAACUUUGUCCUCCGGACACGUCUCCCUCCAAAGGCCGCUCCGGGAGGCAUGUUCAACUGGCCCGCGUUCAAGAUCCCGUCGUACGCAUGCUUUGUGUUUGCGGGCUUCCUCAUCCAGGCGGGCCUGUACACUCCGCUUUCGUACAUCGAUGUAAUGGCGACGCGAGAGGGCCUGGGCAGCUACAGCACAUACCUCGUCGCCAUUGCCAACGCGUUUUCAAUGGUGGGACGUAUCGGCCCGGCGUUCUUUGCCGACAAGACUGGCGCGCUCAACAUUCUCAUUCCUGGGUUGAUAGGCAGUGCCAUCACGACGUUUGCCUGGCCGUUUGCGCACACCAAAGCGAGCCUCACGGUCGUGGCGGCCAUCAACGGCGUGUUCCAAGGCUGCUUUGUCUCGCUCCUCGCCCCGGCCAGCGCCGCGCUGGGCAACAUCGAGGAUGCCGGCCGCAGGUUCGGCGUCCUGUCGACUGUCGGCGCGUUUGGAUCGCUUCUCUCCGCACCAGUGUCAGGCGUCCUCCUGGAAAAGACCGACUUCCACGGCGUGUCAUAUUAUGCUGGCUCGAUGAUUCUCGGCGGCGCCUUGUUCUUUGUGUUGGCGCGCUACUUCCACCUGGGAGGGUGGAGUGGGCGGUUGUAA